GGGGCCGGCUGAACUGACGUGCGGCUACAACGGGCCCGGCUCCUCCCUCCGUCUCUCCCUGCCCUCCUCCUCCUCCAGUGUCGGGAUCUGAAUGAGACCAGGGGGACCGGCCGUACAUCCAGCGCCCAGGAGGCCGAGGGGAGUGUAACGGCGGCGGCUCAGAGCAGGAAGACACAUACUGCACAACAAUAAGAAAGCACAAUGGAGUUCUAUGAGUCAAUGUAUUUUACAAUCCUCUUCCCACUUGUGAUCGUUUUGGUCAUCUUCCUCCUGUUCUGGCUCUCCAUGAAGGAGACGUCCUAUGACGAGAUCCUUGAGAAGCAGAAGAAAGACCAGAAGCUUCCCUUCAUUAAGGUUGACAAAAAGAAAACUGACAAGAAGAAGAACAAGAAAAAGGAAUCGCAGAACGGUAACCUUCAUGAGUCCGACUCCGAGGCAGCCACGCGUGACUUUGAUUUGGGAGAUGCUCUGUCCAGUGAAGAAGAGCAUGUUGUUCCAGCUCCUGUAAUUCAAGCAGAGACUACUACCAAUGUCCGAGAGCGCAAGAAGAAGGACAAGAAGCAGCCAAAGCCGGCGGUGGAGGAGCAUGUUGGCAAAGAAGUCAAUGGUACAAAGAUUCCCGUAAAGAAACCGGAAACUGUUCCUGUAACAAAACAGCCAACUCCGCCACCUGAAGCUGCUGGCUCCAAGAAAAAGCAAGGACAGAAAAAGCAGAAAAACGGACGAGAUGACUCCCCUAUUAAUCCAGAGCCGAAAAAUGAGCAGGUAGUACCUUCCAAGAAGGUGGAAACGGUCAUUCCGCUUGCCGAGGUGAAGCCCCAGGAGUCUGUGUCCGUAAAAAAGACUGCUCCGAAGAAGAAGCAAAAAAUUGAGAACCUUUCAGCGCUGGUGGACGAGCCGCUAAUUCAUCCCACUGUGUACAUCCCUCUGAUGGAUAACUCCGACCCCGGCGUGGUGGAAAAGAAGGAAAGUAUGAACGUGGAGAAAGCAAAGACUACAGAGACUGUGCAGAAGACUGGGGGCAAGAAGGGGAAGAUCGUUCCGGAUAAAGGCGAGCGCAAAGAAAAUGCCGAAGUGAAAUUUAAGGAUUUCUUAGUGUCCAUGAGGAAUAUGAUGAUCUCAGAAGAUGAGGCGAUGUCUGUGGUGGAGAUGCUGAAAAAGAAAUCCAGUUCUGUACAAGACAUGGUACAUAAGGCUUACAAGGGAGAUUCUGCUGCAUUAAUCCAGUUGGAGGAAAAGGAAAAGUUGCUUUCUGCUGCCAGAGAUGAAUCCGCUCUUGUGAAGGAGCAGUGUAGGCAGCUUACACAGGAGCUUUUAUCAGAAAAGCAGAAAUCAAACUUGGUUGAAGUAAAAGCACGGGAGAGGAUCAGCUUGCUGGAGAAGGAGCACGGGGCUUUCCAAAGCAAGAUACACAGCAGUUUCCAGGACGCCCAGCAAAUGCAGCUUAAAUUUCAGCAGGUCCGCGAGCAGUUAGAGAGCCAGCUCGCUCACCUGAAGCAGGAGAAUGGUAUUCUAAGAGAUGCUGUGAGCUCCGCCACCAACCAGAUGGAAAGCAAACAAUCCAAUGAUCUUAUCAAGCUUCGCCAGGAUUAUGCCAGGCUCGUCAAAGAAUUGAAUGAGAAAACCAGCAGCUUGGCAGAAGAGGAGCUGCAGAAAAAGAACCAGGAGCAGAUGGCGGUAGGACUAAAGGGUCAGAUGCAAGAAGCAGAGAGGAGAUGGGAAGAAGUAGAAAAAUACCUAAGAAAAAGGAUGUCCGAUCUAGAAAUGACCCAACAAGAUCUACAGACAAAGCUGAUCUCCAAGGAGGCUGAAGUGCAGAGUUUCCACAGCAAACUCACAGACACCAUAGUGACCAACCAGCAGCUGGAGCAGCGAAUCAUGCAGCUUAUGGAUGCUGGGCAGGAUGGCAGCCUACAAAUGCAGGUGCAGGAUCUGUUGAAGCAAAAUGAAGCACUGAAUGUUCAAAUUCAGAAAUACCAUUCCCAGAUGCAGGCCCAGUCUUCUGCUUCGGUGAGAGUGGAUGAACUGCAUAAAGCUAUUGCAGAGAAGGAUAAGGAGAUGAAACAGAUGGAGGAAUCUUUGGCACUUAAACAUGCUAAUUUCACAAACAGCGGAGAGGAGCUGAAGGAUUUAAGGAAACAGAACGAGUCGCUGAACAUUCAGAUUCAGAAAUAUAUUGCACAAGUACAAACCCAGGCAUCUGCGUCGGUCCUUGUUGAAAAACUGCAGAAAAGCAUUGCAGAAAAGGACCAGGAGAUAAAACGGGUGAAGGAAGUAGUUGCACUUGAACAAGCCAAUUUUGCAAACACCGAAGAGGAACUAAAGACGCUACAGAGAGAGAAUGUAUCAUUGAAAUCUGAACUACAGAAAUUUCAGGUGACUCAGAAUGAACAGGCUGCUGCUGUUCUGGAACAGCUGGAGAAAAGUGUUGUGGAAAAAGAGGAGCAGAUCAGAGCUCUGGAACGGAGACUUGAGGCUGAGCUUGUGAAGGUGACCGGUAACAUUGAGGAACACAAAUCCCUACAGAAUCUGAACAGUGAGUUACAGCUGCAGGUUCAGAAGUUCCAGGAACAUUUUCUUGAUCAGACAAAUAAAGAUAUGCUUGGACAGAUGGAGAAGAGCAUGCAAGAGAAAGACGAAAAAAUCAAAACGGUUGAGGAGUUGUUGGAGACCGGACUCAUAGAAGUUGCAAACAAAGAAGAAGCAUUGAGGACACUAAGGGAUGAAAAUGCGACUUUGAGAAUGGAUGUGCAGAAUCUUAAGGCCCAUCACAAAGACCAGGUAGCCCUUACGUCUGUUGUGGAGGAUCUAAAACAUGUUAUCCAUGAGAAGGAUGGCAAAAUAAGGUCUGUGGAAGACAUGCUUUACGCUGAGCGGCUGCGGGCCAGCAAUGAGGAAAAUACUGUACAGGCAUUGACUAAAGAAAUUGAAGCACUAAAGGAAGCUUUAGGAAAUAGCCAGCUUGAGAAGGCUGAACAGGUCUCCAGUAUUGCACAAGUUCAAGAGCUUCAGAAUCAGUUGAAGGGCAGGGAAGAGACAUUAAAGCUGACAGAAGAACGGUUUAAUGAACGUGAGAAAGCGAUUCUAGAAAAGGAAAGACAAAUUGAGGAUCUACAGAAAGAAAGUAAACAGCUGAAAAUCCAUAUUGAAGAAGUCCAGCAAAAGCUAAUGCAGCAAAACUCCACGUCGACAGGAGUGCAAGAUCUUCAAAGGAUAGUAGAGCAGCAAGAAGAGAAGAUUAAGAGCAUGGAGGCUUCGUUACUGGAGCGAGAGACCAACGUGGCUGACACAACUGAGGAACUAACGGGUUUGAAAAAAGAAAAUGAGAUUUUGAAAAUUCAGGCCUGUGAAUUACAAAGAAAACACGAUCAACAGCUAAAACAGGUUUCCUCAGUUGCUCAAAACGAAGAAUUAUUAAAAGCGCUUGCAGAAAAAGACAGAUAUAUAAGUGAUCUGCUAGGGGAGGUGGAAUCUCAGAAAUCUGCGGUAGAGCAACAAAGGAAGAAAAACAAUGACCUUCGGGAGAAAAACUGGAAAGCAAUGGAGGCAUUGGCAUCAACUGAAAAAAUGCUACAAGAGAGAGUCAACAAGACAGCCAAGGUUGUAAUGCUGCCGGAGAAGCAGCAAGCCCUGCGCACGGGGGAAACGGAAGCUCGGGAAAUCCUGCAGAAGAUAUUCCCAGAUGUCUCUGUUUCUGCUAGUUUGGAUCACGGUGAAUGGAUUCAGGAAUUUGAGAAGCUGGCAAAAGUUUGUUUGAAUGAAAAAGGAGAUGCGGAAGUGAAGGUACUGGAGCAGAAGUUGAAGGAAGGGGAGGAAGUCCACAUUAUGCUGAAGAUGGAGUGUGAAAAGUACAAAUCUGUGCUUGCGGAAACGGAAGGAAUUCUGCAGAGGCUGCAGCGCAGCGUAGAAGAAGAGGAGGGACGGUGGAAGCUGAAACUGGAGGAGUCUCAGGAUGAGCAGAGAGAGGUAAUAUCUAAAGUUCACUUACUGGAACAGGAGUUGGAUAAACUGAAAAGACGAAACAAGGAAUCUGAAAAUCUCCUAAAAGAGAAGGAACAUAUAGAAACAGAGCUGGAAAAGGCAGAGCUGGAAAGAGCCACUUAUGUGUCUGAAGUACGAGAGCUGAAAGAUCUGUUGACUGAAUUGCAAAGAAAGCUUGACGGUUCAUAUUCAGAGGCAAUAAGGCAGAAUGAAGAGCUGACCUUGCUGAAGACUCAACUGAAUGAAACAUUGCAGAAGCUGGAGGGGGAACAGAAGCAGAGGCAGAAAAUGGCAAGUGACUUGCAUGAGGCUCAGAAAUCUCUGGACCUUAUUCAGCUAGAAAUACUGAAAGGCUCGAGUGAUAGUAAUGUCAUAGAAAACAGCGGCAUCUCUCCAGAUGGGGUGGAGCAGGAAAGGAAAGAGAAGAUGUUUCCAAGUUUAAGCCAGAAUGUGACGCAAUUACAGCAGUGUCUGCAGGCAGUAAACCAGCAGCUCACAAAGGGACGAGAAAACCUUCAGAUAAUAGGAUGAAGUCACCAAGGGAUUACUCCAUUCUGGAAGUAGUGGAAGGCAUUGUAAUUAUAUUUUGCCAAAAUUAAAGCCUUAUUUAUGUCUUCACCCUUUCUACUUUGUCAGAAACACUGAACAGAGAUGCAUCUUUUCUAAUGCUUAUUAAACUACUGAUUUAAAGCAGAACAAUACACAAACAAAAGAAACUCCGCAGACAGUUUAGUUUUAUAGUAAAAGAAUGGAAUAAAAAAAAAAUUCUGGAAAUUUAGAUCUCUACAUUCCUAAAGAUGCAGUAAAGAAGUGUACCUUUUAUCCUAUUUUGUUCAAUACAGAUUUAUUCAGAAGAAUCAACUAUGAUAAAGAUGAUGUAACAAAUAUAUCCUUUUAUUACAGACGUUGUACACUGUUUUACUUAUAUCCACUUUGGGAGUAGAUGCCUCUUGACUUCAACCUCAAAUAAAACACUCCUGUUUUUUUUGUUGCUAA